AUUAGAUCAUGGGCUUCUAAGACUAACCAUUAUUAGGAUUGGGCUUCAAUUUUUGCACCGGAAAAUGGCAUCAUUCAGAACUACCACAAGCUUUCUCGUCCGGGAAAUUUUCCGUCCGUCAAUACACUUCCCAAAUGUUGUUCGCUUCAUCCACAUCUCGCCGGCACCGUACCCGGCGACGAACCUUGUUGUGAGUCAUCGAAUUUUAUCACGGAGUCUCUCUUUUAGUCCGGUUAGGUGUGCGGCGUCGUCCAAAGGUGGUGCUGAUGAUGGAAAGAAGUCUCCGGCGCGGCUUGCUCAGGUUCAACAGCUGUUACAUGAAGCUAAGGAGCGAGCUCAAGCUGCGGGAAACGAUCCUAUUCCUAAGAUUACUCUUGAUCACGUGACUGUCAACUUUGCAAGAAGUGGAGGUCCUGGAGGUCAAAAUGUCAAUAAAGUAAAUACCAAGGUGGAUAUGCGGUUCAAUGUUGAAAAUGCUUAUUGGUUAAGUGACAGAGUCAGAGAGAAGAUUUUGCAAAUGGAAAAGAAUCGGAUAAAUAAGGAUGGAGAGCUUGUGAUCUCUUCAACAAAGACGAGAACUCAGAAGGGUAACAUCGAAGAUGCUUUGAGUAAAUUACAGGAUAUAAUUGAUGCUGCUUCUUAUGUACCACCACCUCCAUCUGAAGAGCAAGUGAAAAGAAUAACAAAAUUGGCUGCUAUUGGGGAGCGCAAACGACUUGACAAUAAGAAGGCCCAAUCACAAAAGAAGGCUAUGCGAAGAAGCAGAGAUAGUUAUGACUGAUUCCAAGAGCUCAAGAUGUCUAACACAGGCACUUCCCUAUCAAAUUCUCCCAGCACUUUGAUCAUUUGCUUCAUCCUACUUUUAAACGACACGAAAAUGUUUAGAGAAAUCAGUACAGUACAGAAUCCUCUGUAGGUCGUUCAGGUGACACCUUCUUGAUAUGACUUAACACACCAUAUUAGCUAAAAGAAUGUAGACAUUGGCCAUCAAAGUAUCUUGUAUUUUCUGAAGAUGUUGAUAUUGGACAGGUAAACUUAGGUCUUGGGUGAGUAUUGCCUCUGUAGUUACAAAGAAAAGAAUAACGCAGACGCCUAUUUCUUUAUGUACCGAUGUAUCGUGUGUGAGAGGCUAAUUCAAGAUUUUUAUUUUAUGAAUUCAACCUUUAAAUUUCUUAGCACGGAA